UAGUGACCCUAGCCUCUGAUCCAUUUCCCUAGAAGCUGUCGCAACUGUCGCCGUCCGAUAUCCGUUCCCGACCAUCAUAGCCGUCGGUUCCAUAUAUGAUCCGCGCCUCUCGAUUCUUCUACGCCUGGCUCAGAUGCUCCAGAGGCUCUCUGCUUCGCGACUACGUGGAGUCUAUGUUCCGUCGAUGUGUGAUUGGUCGAUCCGUGAGCUUGUUGCAGCUUCCGAGAGUAGUUCUCGGUGACGGCGCUCACGGGAGCGGCGGACAAAGGUUUCGGUAACCUCCGAUCCGAUUCGGUUGAGUUUCGUGUUCCAAACGCGUUAAUUUCGGAGAGUUUAUUGAAAAUAGUUUUCUUCUUGCGGCUUUUGAGAAAACUUUUUGAGAAAACUUUCGGUUUUAUUGAAAUUUGAUUGGGAGCUAUGCUGUGAAGCGUUGAGUUUCAGAUCCGUUUUGGACGUUGUUUUUCGAUUAGCAGAUUCGAAUCUUUGUUUUUUCUGGUUGUUUUUUUCCUUUUCAAAGUUCAUUUUCGAGUUCUUUUCACUUUGAGAUUGAAGGUUUUUAGCUGAUCUAGAGAGGAUCGGUGUUUGUACUUGUUGACUUGAUUAAUCGCUGCUCUUGAGUUCGGUUUGGAAUCCGAACUAACUUUUUGAUACAAGAAACAAAGAGUUUUAUGUAGUCAAAAUUUUAAAUUUGUUCUGUUGUUGAGCCCGAAAGUGACAAUUCGUCGAUUUGUUGGGAGGUUCUUGUUUUUGGAUAUGGAGGAUGGAAACGAGAGAAAGGUGAGUCGUGAAAUGCUUGAUAUGGCGGAUCGGGGAAUGUCUGAUGAGGUUCUGAAUUGUGUGAUGCCAUAUAUUCACGACCCAAAAGACCGUGAUGCGGUCUCUCUAGUGUGCCGUAGAUGGUACGAGCUGGAUGCGUUGACGAGGAAACAUAUUACAAUUGCUUUGUGCUACACGACCACUCCUGGUCGAUUAAGGGGGAGGUUUCCGCAUCUUGAAUCCCUAAAAUUGAAGGGUAAACCUAGGGCGGCCAUGUUUAAUCUGAUAAUGGAGGAUUGGGGAGGGUAUGUGACUCCAUGGGUUAAGGAGAUCUCAGAUUAUUUUGAUUGUUUGAAAUCGCUUCACUUUCGGCGCAUGAUUGUGAAGGAUUCCGAUUUACAACUUCUUGCUCAAGCUCGGGGACGUGUGCUCCUGGUGCUUAAACUUGAUAAGUGCUCUGGGUUUUCCACAGAUGGGCUUCUACAUGUGGGUCGGUCUUGCAGGAAUUUAAGAACCUUGUUUUUGGAAGAGAGCCAAAUUGUGGAUAAAGAUGGGGAAUGGCUCCAUGAGCUGGCGAUGAACAAUACAGUUCUUGAAACUUUGAAUUUUUACAUGACGGAGCUUGCAACAGUCCAAUUUGAAGACCUAGAACUCAUUGCUAGAAAUUGUCGAUCUUUAAUCUCUAUGAAAAUUAGUGAUUUUGAAAUCUUGGACCUAGUUGGUUUCUUCCGUGCUGCAACUGCACUAGAAGAGUUUGCUGGGGGUUCUUUUAGUGAACAAUCAGAUAAAUACUCCGCGGUAUCGUUCCCCCCAAAAUUAUGCCGUCUGGGUCUAAACUACAUGGGGAAGAAUGAAAUGCCCAUAGUAUUCCCUUUUGCAUCCCUACUUAAAAAGUUGGAUCUACUCUAUUGCUUGCUUGACACAGAGGACCAUUGUCUGUUAAUUCAAAAGUGCCCCAACUUGGAAUUUCUUGAGGCCAGGAACGUGAUUGGAGACAGAGGAUUAGAAGUUCUUGCUCAGAGUUGUAAAAAAUUAAGGAGGCUUAGGAUUGAGAGAGGUGCUGAUGAGCAGGAAAUGGAGGAUGAAGAAGGUGUAGUUUCACAGAGAGGAUUAAUGGCUUUGGCUCGGGGAUGCCUGGAGAUAGAAUAUGUGGCCAUUUAUGUGUCCGAUAUCACAAAUGCUGCUCUAGAAUGUAUUGGUGCUCACUCAAAAAAGCUAUGUGAUUUUCGCCUCGUCUUGCUCGAACGGGAAGAAAGGAUAACAGAUUUGCCAUUGGACAAUGGAGUUCGAGCUCUACUGAGGGGUUGCCAAAAGCUUAGAAGAUUUGCUCUGUACCUCCGUUCAGGUGGUUUGACUGAUGUGGGUCUCAAUUAUAUUGGACAGUACAGCCCAAAUGUUAGAUGGAUGCUUCUUGGUUAUGUUGGAGAAUCAGAUGCAGGGCUUUUGGAGUUCUCUAGAGGUUGCCCUAGCCUGCAAAAACUAGAGAUGAGGGGCUGUUGCUUCAGUGAGCGUGCACUGGCUGUUGCAGCAAUGCAACUGACGUCACUGAGGUAUUUGUGGGUGCAAGGGUAUAGAGCAUCUGAAACAGGCCGUGAUCUAUUAGUCAUGGCUCGCCCAUUCUGGAAUAUCGAGUUAAUUCCUUCAAGAGGAGUUACUAUUAAUGCUCCGGAUAGGGAACCUGUGUCCAUCGAGCAUCCAGCACAUAUACUUGCAUACUACUCACUUGCUGGACCAAGAACAGAUUUUCCAAGUACUGUUACUCCCUUGGACCCUGCAUCUUUUCUUACGUUGUAGAACUGUAUAUCCUUUUCCAGAAGUUAUCUUUUCCCUGUCAUGUUGCCCUGUUAGGUGUCUUGUUAAUAAGUUGGUGUAUCUUUCUCUCUUUUUCCCUGGAAGACGGUUUUCAUCUGCAAAUUUCAUUCCAUAUCCUAUUUCUAGACUGCUGUCCUGUAAUAAGUUUGUGAUUUCUUUUGUAGUCUGCAAGCACUUGCACUCUUGGUGCAUCUCUGUGUUAACUCCCAUGGGCAAUGAGUUCAAUUUUCAACCCACUUUUGGAUUGUAUUAAUUCUACGGCAAGUAAAUCUUUUUGCAAAUAUUGUUGACAAUGAGAAGAAUGUGGGGGUGUCAAGUUUGUGAAUAAAAAUGAAGUGAUUUUUAUUUGCUUGA